UAUUGAAUUGGCUGCAUCGAUCACAGACCGACAUUCAAAAAUGGCAUCGGGCGGAUCAAUUCGUGUAGGAGGUUCGGAGUCGGUGAAAACUGAUGACAUUGAUGAGGGGCAGGAAAAUCAUAGUGAUGAUCCAUUUGAUGAUAUCUACAAUAAUCAGGAUAUGCUUGUCUCAGCUGGAGCAACUACCGAAACUUCAGCUAGACAUGUGCCAUAUAUUUCAGCAAGAGUUCGUCCAGAAAAUGACGAAACCAGUGGUGAUCCGAUGAAAAAUCGUUAUAAUCCAGCUCCAUAUGAUGUAGAAGAUCCCUUUAGACACUGUGCAUCAAUUGCUGAUAGGGUCAGUAAUCUUCCUGUGCAAUCACAGAGGUAUUUUGAAGAGGAUGAGAGAAUACACAGAAGCCAACCUGAGUCGGAUCAGGAAAAUCAUAGUGAUGAUCCAUCUGAUGAUAUCUACAAUAAUCAGGAUAUGCUUGUCUCAGCUGGAGCAACUACCGAAACUUCAGCUAGACAUGUGCCAGAUAUUUCAGCAAGAGUUCGUCCAGAAAAUGACGAAACCAGUGGUGAUCCGAUGAAAAAUCGUUAUAAUCCAGCUCCAUAUGAUGUAGAAGAUCCCUUUAGACACUGUGCAUCAAUUGCUGAUAGGGUCAGUAAUCUUCCUGUGCAAUCACAGAGGUAUUUUGAAGAGGAUGAGAGAAUACACAGAAGCCAACCUGAGUCGGAUCAGGAAAAUCAUAGUGAUGAUCAAUCUGAUGAUAUCUACAAUAACCAGGAUAUGCUUGUCUCAGCUGGAGCAACUACCGAAACUUCAGCUAGACAUGUGCCAGAUAUUUCAGCAAGAGUUCGUCCAGAAAAUGACGAAACCAGUGGUGAUCCGAUGAAAAAUCGUUAUAAUCCAGCUCCAUAUGAUGUAGAAGAUCCCCUGCGACAGCUUACUUCUGGGACCCGGGACAUGUCAGUGAGAUGUCAAGGUGUUCCUCAUGGUGGAGAUGAACAAAAUGCCUUAUGUAAUACCUGUUCCUUAGACCAGUUUCUGAAUGGCCUGCAUCAAAUAUGCAGGUCACUGCCAUUCAGAAAUCUUUUACAGGCAUUAGCAGAAGUAUUACCUUCUGUUUAUGUGAAUCUGUGGAAUGCCGUCAAACUGUGUAGUGACGGGCUAUUUUCUGGUGCCAAGUUAAAGCUUGUACCAAAUGUACAGGAUAUGAGAAGCAAAGAAGGACCAAGAGUGAUGCCACUGAUCAAGGACCAGCUGCCUUAUAGGAUUACAAAAACAUGCAUAACAUGUAAACGUUGUUCUGAGUCGGCACAUAAUCCAGACAUCAUUCUUUCUAAAUUUAGUCGUUCAACAGGAUUCCAGGGAGCCCUGACACCCUUCUUUGCACCCCCAGAUCUGCAAUGCAGUCAGCCAGGGUGUGAUGGUCAGACAAAGAUCGAGCUAAAGUUUGAAAAUGGCUAUCCUCCUCUAAUCAUCGCCGCAGAUUUGCAGCAUCUUCAUAAGCGGAUACCCAAUAGCCAUCUAAGUAAGGUGGUAGACCUGUUUGGAGAAAGAUAA